AGCUGCUCAUGGAGAUGGGGCUGUGGGAAGGCGAGCCAACCCUACGCGUUCACGAGUGCAGCGCGUGCAGGGCGGAAAAGGCGGCAACAAGGCAAGCCAUUACCGCCUUCAACCGCGGUGGAGAGGGGCGGCAGCAGGUGGUGGACAACACGGGGCAGGGAGAGGAGGACGGCGGAGAGGACGGGGACUCGGGUGGGAGCGGGGCAGCUGGUGAAGCAGGCAAGAGGCGUCGCUGCUGCGUCGUGCGCGUUCUGUCUGAGCUCAAGGCGUUCAGGGAGGAGCUCAACAUGGUUGAGAAGCUCUUCAAGGCACACGGGCACCUGUGCAUCUUCUUGCCGAAGUACCACCCAGAGCUCAACGCAAUCGAGCGAUACUGGGGGUACAUCAAGCACCUCCUCCGCCUCCACUGCGAGUAUUCCCUUCGCCACAUGCUCCAGGUCUUGCCCGGCGCGUUGAGCGGCGUACCCGCACGGUUUAUCCGCGCAUGGAGCAGGGUGACGUGGCUGUACAUCGAAGCCUACGACGAGGGCCUGGAGGACUACCUCGAGUACCGCGAUCUCAAGGAGUGGGGGAAGCACCGAGAAGCCACCGCCAGGGGAGAUGCCGUGAUUCAGGCGAGGGGGGCGGGGAAGACGCCGGAGCAGAAGAAGGCAGCCGAGGCGAAGGCGCUUGCGGCUGCGCAGGAAGUGCACAAGAAGUGGAUGGCAGCGACCAGGGAAGCCUUCAACACGUGGACGAGCAAGAGAGCCUCCCGAAAGGAGCAGCUACGGCUGUGGAUUUUGCGCAACACGAUGAAUUUUUUGAGGAAAUGGUUGGGCGGGCACACUCAGGCGUGAGUGGGGAGGGUACGUAUCUAUAUGUCGCGGUGUGUUGUAGUGUUGGUUUCUCGCGUUUAGGUGCGGUAGAGGCGUUCGUCAUGGUCACCAACUCAACGCUAUAGCUGUCUCUCUUGGUAUCGGACUUGCUUAGAGAGAACGGAUGUGAUUGCUGCAUGCUUUGUUUGCAGCACCUUCACCAGCCAGGGGUUGAGUAGAAAGUAAACGGCGGUAUUGUAUGUAUGUAUGUACAUACGUAACGUGUAAAUAAUGUAAAUAUGGAUUGACAACGGUUUAACUGAUGUUCUGAAGGCAUAUACGUGUAGAAGGGAGGGGUUGAGGGGGGGUCGUGGUUACUUUGGGGGCUCCGU